AUGCUUCUAGAAGUGGAAGACGAGACACGUGAUUUUAUAACGAUAUAUAAAAAGGAUUUCCCAUCGAAGAAAGCUGGUAGACCAAAGGAAUACAGGCCACAACCCGAGUACCCUUCGCCUUUGAAUAAUUUAAAUGGCCCUUACAGGAAGUGUUUGAACACACAACGACAAAAUGAUGCUCUUACCUUAAACGAACAAACCGAGGAUCCUCAACAUGCUUUAAACAGAAUUCGCAAGAAAUAUCCGCAUUUAAAAGAAUUUCUUUCCGAAGUUGUACCAGAUGAGGAUCUAAUCGAAAGAGAGGAGAACCAACUUAAACAAACUGUGUAUCAAAUGGAUUAUUCGAAAGGAGAUUAUUCACCUCGUGCAAAAACAUAUGGAAAAUGGAAAGACAUUCGUUUAGCGGAAGACUGGAUCAUAUCGGAAACGACUCAAAGGAACUCCUACAGAAACCCAUGGAAAAUUGCAACGGAAGACUUGAUACGGCUAAAGAAAGCAAAGAAACCUCCGGACAAUUUAGUACCCAAUAGAAAAGAAAGAGAAAUUCUUCGUAUAAGAACUGGUGAUUCCGAAUACGAUGCAACGAUAGCUGCUACCGGAAAUCGAGUAGUAAAAGAAUGCUUGUUUGGUCCACCGUUACCAAUUGAGCCACAAAUAUACACUAAAGGACCCGACAGUCCACCGUCUGAAUGCUCGGAAAUUCUGGCAGACAAGAAAUUUGUACUUCCUUCUAACAUAAUCUAAUCUUUUGCCUGAUCUUUCCAUUAUCUACCAUUUUCACCAGAAGAAAAUUAUCUUCGGUAGUCACUUAUUAAAAUUAAAGAUAAGCUAUUGGUGAAGGAUUACGUUAAUUAAAUCAUCAGACACGAAUCAUUACAAAACACAACCCAUGUUGUUUUGCUUGUACAUAGCCACUUUACAAAUAUAUUAUUUCCUAUUUUCACUCGACUUAAUUAUUAAUUUACAAUAGUUCACAUUCACGCUGAACACACAGUAUCAUAUUUCACGUAAAUCUUUCUCACAUUACACUCGUACAAGUUAUUUACAAUUCUGUCCUACUUUAACACCAUUUAACAAAAUAUUUAUGUACGAAGGUGAAACAUUUCAUCUCUUUUUAUUUUAAUUUCUUUACGU